AUUAUAUUUAUAUAUGACAAAAGAGAAUCACAUUAUUAUUUGAUGGUAGAUCAAAAGACGAAAUAAUAAAGAUGAUACAGUCGUUAUAUACAGUAUUACAUAUAGGAGUGUGUUAAACCGAUACGAAUAACCUGGCUAUCUAUUAAAGUUACUAUCCUGUCGAUUAUCCAUUAAUAAUAUCAUGUUUAAGAAAUGUUUCAUUUAUUUUUAAUGAUAUUAUGUGUAUUUUACUAUGAAAGCAAAUAAUGGAGGUUUCUGAGACGCGAAACCUCGUUAGAGAUUUAGACUUGACUCUUCAACCCCGUAUCGCACCACGUUAUAAAACUUGGCUUCCCCUUGCUACGCAGCAGUUGAGACUUAGGAGCUUGAUUCAAAUAAUUGGAUAUAAAUUGAGAACAAAUGUAAAUAGCGAAAUCAGUUGGUUUUAUUAUACUUUACAUAGAACAACUAUGUCAUCGCCGAUAUAUACAAGCGAAUUAAUAGAUAAUGCCAAUCCUAGAUGGUCUAGCUUGGAAGUACCUACUUUACAUGCCACAGGUUACUCAUCUGCCAGUGAAAUAAUCCUAAGGCUAUGGAAAAGAACAGCUAUGGGUAGUAAUACAUCAGAUAUAAUUGUAUUCACAUGGGGUAUUUCUUUUACCGGCCUUGCAUAUAUUGGUCCUAAAUUGCCCAACAACAUGGAAAAAAUUCUUAAAGAAAAUUCAAUAAUUUUUUACUUCAAUGGAGGUUUUUUUACACCUGCAUAUUGUUUCAUAACAACACCAGAAUUAAAAAGAUAUCUUCGUAUAAGUGUUAACACAAGCGAAGUAAAAGACAGUUAUACUGUAAAUAAAUUGACCAGCUUGAGAAGCAAGAUGCAAGCGCUAAAACAACAGACCAAUUCGGUGGAAGCUUUAAGGAAACGCAUUGCCUCUGGUGAUAAUUUUCAAACACCAAAAUAUCCUCAAUCUUCUUUGAAUAGAUUAUUUCAGCCUCGUACAGUUAAUAGAGAAAAAAAAGCUGAAAUACUUAAAAUACGUAAGGAAUUAGAAAUGGCCAAAUUUCGAACAAAACUAUUAGAACAAGAAAGGGCAAGGAAAAUGGGAGAAUUAAGAGUAUUAAACCAAUUACAUGCUACUAUUACAGAAGAAAAUCAAGAUCAUGGUUCCGAUUUAAUGGAAAGAUAUAGAGAACUUAACAAAGAUAUUGAAAGAUUGCAUGAAUGGCGUCAAAGUCAUAUUGAUACCAGAGAAACUUAUAUUCAAAUGAGCAAUCAAUUAGCUCAUCGUCGACGUCAAUUAAUUUCAGAACUAAGUUUAAUUUAUCCUAUUAAACAGGAUAGCAAUGGAAAAUUCACAAUACAUGACAUACAUUUACCAGAUAGCGAAGAUUUGGAAUUGGCAAAUGAUACUCAAGUAGCCGUGGCAUUGGGCUUUGUAACACAUACAACACAAAUGAUUGCAAAUUUUCUCAAUAUACCUACUAGAUAUCCUAUCAUACAUUAUGGUUCUCGUAGUAAAAUUAUAGAUCAUAUUAUAGAGAACCUUCCUGAUAAUGAUAGGCAAUUUCCAUUAUUUGCCAAAGGUAAAGAUAGAUUGCAAUUUCACUAUGCUGUUUAUCUAUUAAAUAAAAACAUAGCUCAAUUACGUUGGUAUUGUGGUCUUCCUACUACCGAUUUAAGAGCCACGUUAUCAAAUCUAUCGACUUUGUUAAAAAUGAAGCCAAACCAAUCACAUUUGGAUAAUUCAAAAAGAACAUUUUCUACUUCAUCGUUAGAUACAGAAGUAGGUAAUGGUAAACAGAAUGUUCCUCUUACACCGCCAAUACAGAAAAUUAUUUUUGAGAAAUGCCACAGAUCUUCACGAUCGAUGGGCCAAUUAAAAUCAAUUAAAUCUUCCUUGGGAUCUUCUUUAGAUCAAGGUCUAGAUAAGCCUGUACAGCCUCUUGUUUUAGGUAGUCAAUCAAAACGAAUUUGCAAAUCGGAAGAAAGUGCCAUAGACGACAGAACAUUAAUGUUAGCUAGAAACAGAUCUAGCACUAGCAGUAACGAAACAUUAAAUUGUACUGUACUGAAUAAUACUAUCACUACGAAUGUAAGUGAUGAUUUUCUUCAAAAUAAUGAUUGCGUUACGAUUGACAGUAAUAUUGAAAUAACAAUACCUACAUCUGUGUCUAAAUCAGUAAAUGUUACUGAUAGUUUAGAAGGUUCUGUCAGUAUUAGGGAUAGAAGUUCUAAUUCCAUAAGUAGUUGUGAAAUGGCCUUAAGUGGUAGCCAAAAUGAUGGAGACGAAAGCCCGAAUGAAAAAAGUACGAUCAAAAGAGAGGAGACCGAACAAAAUAUUUCAUCAACGAAUCAUGACAAUGUAAAAAACAUUGAAGAUAACAUGGAGGAUAAAAUGAAAAACGGAGAACAUACCAAUACGUCACAUUUAGAUAAUAGUACUUCAGAAGAUUAUUUUAUGCAUUAUAACGUCAAAAAUGAUUACAAUUUUGACGUUUUAGAACAAACAGGACCCUUCACGAUUAAUUCGUCUAAAGAACGUAAUGCUAAAUCUUGUUUGUCUUUAGAUGAUAUUAUAAGAUGUACUUAUGAUGAAACUGAAAAGAACGAAAGAACAAAUUCUAUUUCCAGUUAUACGGAAAAGUGUCAUAUAACUAACAAAAAAGUAUUAGGUAAACAAUUUUCUUCUCAACUAAGGCCGAAUGAAGAAGUAGGACAACAAAGUGAACACUGGUCUGAAGAAAAUGAAGAGGAUAUCUUAAUUAAACAUAACGCGAUGUUAAAUAAAGAUUCAUUAAUGGCGACACAAAAAAGCGACAAUACUGUCACCGAUUAUAAUUGUAUGGUCGAAGAAAAAAUGAAUCAGUGCGAAUUUCAAGCAUCAAGCGAUUAUAUAGAUAUUAUUAGACGCAGUUCAGAAAAUGUCUAUGCACGUACUGAAGCCUUAGCUAAUAAGAAAACUAGCUUCAAAGUUAUGAAACCACGGCUGUAAUAUUUAUUAAUUAAAAUAUAAAGUUAUUGUAUAUGCGAGUAAAUCUUGUAAAAAAAAAAAAAUUUAAAAGAGUUAUUCUCAGUACAUAUAGAAGAAGAAUAUGUGUUAGGAUCAAAGUAUGUAACUUUGAUCGAAUUUAUCUUUAUUAUUGUUGCAAAAAGAAAAAUAGUAAAUGAUGGGAAAGAAAAGAAGGGUUACAUUGUUUUAUAAAUAUUAUUUUCUUAAAAGUAUAAUCGCGCCGUAAAUACACACGCAUUCGAAUACAAAUUUAUAUCAUAAAACAAUAAAUAUAAUCGUAGUAAUUUUUCAUAGAAGUUACAUAAUUGCAUUGAGAAAUCGUAGUAGACGAGAGAAAAAGUAAAAGUAAAAAGAUUAUGUGAUUCUAUUUAUAAUAUCUCGAUAUAAUUUUUUCUAUCUUUAAUAAUGUUCUUCUAUAGCUUGCUUAAUUGUAUAAUAUAUACAUAGUAUUUGUGAUUUAUAUAUUUUAUCUAUUAUCUUUUAAAUGAUUAUAUUUUGUUAAGCAAAUGUGACAUCAUGUAUAUUUCUAAACAAAAUUGAAAAAUAUUAUUUCAUUUUUAACUUUCGGCUGGGUCGAGUUUAUGCUUACAAUGUAAAAAAA